AUGCUUCGCAACCAAACCAAAGCUUUGCUCUCCGCCUCCUCAGCUAGGAAUCUUUUAAAGAGAAAUUCAAAGGCUGUUUUUUCCGGAAUUACAAAUCUCUCUACAUUGAAGAACAAUCAAUCAUUAUCAUCAUUUAAUAAUAACAAGGAAUGUAUGAUGAAUUUUUCUUCAUCUAUCAAGGCUCGUUCGGAGAAUCAAACAAUUGCAUUUGGAGAAUCAUAUCAAAGAAAUCAAUAUUGUGGAGAAGUUGUUGGUGAUGAACUUGUUGGAAAACAAGUCAAGUUGAAUGGAUGGGUGGAAAAUAUUCGUAUUAUCAAUCAAAAUGAAUGUGUUUUUGUUACUGUGCGUGACGUGAGUGGAGUUGUUCAAGUCAUGUUGAAGAAGAAAGAAUUGAUUGAAUAUUUGAAGGAUAAUGAAAUCAAGAAUGAAAGUGUAGUUUUUGUGAGUGGUGUUGUCUCUAAACGUCCAUCGGAGAUGAUGAAUCCAAACAUGAAGACUGGCGCCUAUGAAAUUGAAGCUACUGAAUUGUUACUUCUCAAUAAGGCCAAGACCUUGCCAUUGCAAUUGGUUAAUGCUGAAGAAGAAAUCAGACUCAAGUAUAGAUAUUUGGAUUUGAGAAGAAGACAAUUGGUUGAAAAUUUGUCAAUUAGAUCAAAGGCCCUUGCCAUCACUAGAAAAUACUUUGGUGAAAUGAAUAGAUUUUUGGAAAUUGAAACACCAACUCUCUUUAAAUCAACACCAGAAGGUGCCAGGGAAUUCUUGGUUCCAACAAGGCAAAAGGGUAAAUUCUAUGCUCUCACUCAAAGUCCACAACAAUACAAACAACUUCUCAUGGUUGGUGGUAUGGAUAGAUAUUUCCAAAUUGCCAGAUGUUACAGAGAUGAAUCAGGAAGAAUGGACAGACAACCAGAAUUCACCCAAAUCGAUCUUGAAAUGUCUUUCCUCACUCAAAAGGAUAUUUAUGCUCUCAUUGAAAAUUUCAUCAAAAUGUUGUGGAAGGAUAUUUUAGGAAUUGAUAUCAAGACUCCAUUCCAACAAAUGAAAUAUAGAGAUGCUAUGGAUAUGUACGGAAGUGACAAGCCAGAUUUGAGAUAUGAAGAUUUAAAGUUUAAGAAUGUUACUGAAAUUUUCAAGAAUGAAAAAUCUCAAAUUGAAAUUGUCAAUCAAACUGUUGCUGAUGCUGGUUUCGUUUAUGCCCUUAAGGCUAAACAAAUUGGUGCUACAAUGACUAGAAAGAUCAUUGACCAAUUCACUGAAAAGGCCAAGAGUGUUGAAAAGACUCGUCUCAUCAUUUCCACCAAGAUUGGUAAGCCUGAAGAACCAUUCUUGAAUGGAAAGCUCACUGAACAACAACAAGCUAAAUUGAGAGAACAAUUGGAUCUUAAGGAAGGUGAUAUGUUGAUUCUCUCUGUUGAUAAGGAAUGGGAAACUACUGUUAAGGGAUUGGGUAGAGUUAGAGAACAAUGUGCCAAGUACAUGACCGAACAAGGUAUCUAUCAAUUCAAUACCAUUGAAGAAAAGUAUCGUUUCUUGUGGGUUAUUGAUUUCCAACUUUUCGAAAGAGCCAAAGAUCAACAUGGUCAAGCUCACUUACACACAUCACGAGGUCUCUCCGCAAUGCACCAUCCAUUCACUGCUCCACAUGCUGAAGAUAUUCCGCUCUUGUACAGUGAUGAUGUUAAUGACAUUUUGAAGGUUCGUGGUCAACACUACGAUUGUGUUUUGAAUGGUGUUGAAUUGGGUGGUGGUUCUAUUCGUAUCCAUCAAGCUGACAUGCAAAAGUAUGUUUUGGAAAAGGUUUUGGAACUCGGAGAAGAGAGAACUAUGGUCAGAUUUGGUCACCUUAUUGAAGCUUUGAGUUAUGGUGCUCCUCCUCAUGGUGGUUUGGCUUUAGGUUUUGAUAGAUUGAUUUGUUUGUUGUGUGGUGAAGAUAAGGCCAAGACUCUCAGAGAUGUUAUUGCUUUCCCUAAAUCUAGUUCUGGAAAUGAAAUCAUGACACAAGCUCCAGGAGAAGUUGAAGAAGACCAAUUGAAGGAAUUAUUCAUCAAGGUUGACAAUCAAUAA